CCCCCCUAGUCUAUCUCUUAGCUAUAUUUCAGGGGGAGAAACCGAGCAAAACAAUACAAAAUCAACUGCAAAAGCAAAGCUGUUGGAAAAGGCUAAAACUAGGAAAGAAAAACAAGAGAAAAAUGGCUAGUGGAGGAGGGUAUGGAGACCCAAGCCAGAAGAUUGACUAUGUUUUCAAGGUAGUUUUGAUUGGUGACUCUGCUGUGGGUAAGUCUCAGAUUCUUGCUCGGUUUGCUAGAAACGAGUUUAGUUUAGAUUCCAAGGCUACAAUUGGAGUUGAGUUUCAGACCAGAACUCUUGUUAUUGAACACAAGAGUGUUAAGGCUCAGAUCUGGGACACUGCUGGUCAAGAACGAUACAGAGCUGUUACAAGUGCAUACUAUAGGGGUGCAGUUGGAGCAAUGCUGGUUUAUGAUAUAACGAAACGGCAGACCUUCGAUCACAUUCCACGUUGGCUGGAAGAGUUGCGUGGCCAUGCUGACAAAAACAUUGUUAUUAUCCUGAUUGGGAACAAAAGUGACCUUGAAAACCAGCGGGCAGUUCCCACAGAGGAUGCUAAGGAGUUUGCUCAAAAGGAAGGACUAUUUUUCUUGGAGACCUCAGCUCUUGAAGCGACUAAUGUGGAGGCUGCCUUCUUAACUGUUCUUACAGAGAUCUUCAACAUUUUGAACAAGAAGAACCUAGUUGCCGGUGAGAAUCAGGGCAAUGGCAACCCUGCAUCCCUAGCAGGCAAGAAGAUCCUCAUUCCAGGGCCGGCGCAAGAAAUCCCAGCAAAGAGCAACAUGUGCUGUAGAUCAUGAUUUAAUUGAAUUUGUCUCCUAAUGUCUAAGAUUGCUGCUAAAAUGAUUGACAGAUGCUGCAUUCUGGUGUGGUGAGUGCUUUACCAUAUUAUUGUUUCCCAUAGCUCUGGUUUUGGAUUGUACAAGUCUUGAAUGAAUAUUGGCAGCACCUUGUUUUUGUAUGAAUAAUUGAAAACUUAGGUCUUUGAAAAUGCCAAAGCCAGAAGGCAGGUUUGUGAUUCGUGAAUGAAUCUGUAAGUUCUGAGAAUCAAUCUGACCUAAUAUUCAUAGUAAAUGGGAGAUGAAUAUUAGUAAUUGUGGAUGAACAGAGGACUCGGCAUUUUCAAGUACCCAGUGUUUGAUCCUUGUCAUGAAAAGGAUGAUCGGUCAUGCAUCAUCCCUCUUCUUCCAAAAAUUUUCAGUCUUAACUUCUAUUUCUUCAUGGAAACAAUAAUAGCAAGAA